AUGCCUAAAACAAGAGGAGAAAUUAAAAAAAAUAAUUUAUUAUCUUGUGCGGCGUGUCCGAAAUUUAUUGAAGAUAACGUAUACCUCAAAUGCAUAUACUGCUUUAAACAUUUUCACAAUUUGUGUGUCGGUAUUGCUUCUUCUGAUAAAAGCACUGGGAGCACCAUAAAUACCUGGGAAUGUCCAGAUUGUAAAGUUGCUAGGAAGAGAGGAGGUGACAACUUUAAUACACCAUUACGCGGUGCUACUGCCGCAUAUUCCCCACCCACUAUUAGUGACAGCGCUCAAAAUGUCACAAUGCGACGCAGAGAAAUGUCACCACAAUCAUCUCUCACUUCCACCGAUAUAAGAAACAUAAUUAGAGAAGAACUGGAGCUUGUUCAAAAUUCGUUGAUAGAUAAAUUCAAACACAUUGUUAGAGAUAUGGUUAAGGAAGAAAUACAUUCCUUCGAAAGCACGAUAGAAGCAACUGAAAAGGCUAUAGCAUUUUUAAACGACGAAUAUGAUACCAUUAAGAAGAACUUAGACAUGCACCUGCAAAAUUUAUCUGAAAUUCGUAAAGAAUACCAAUCCAUGGUUGAUACUACCAGAGACAUCACAGCUAGACUGCAAACUAUAGAACAGCAUAGUCGGUCCAAAAAUGUUGAAAUACAAUGUGUACCAGAGCACAAAAAUGAAAACCUUUUCACCAUAGUCUUACAACUUGCCAAAACCGUUUCUUGUGAUAUCAAAGAAGCUGAAAUCCAUGUAUGUACACGUGUAGCAAAGAUGGAUUUAAAGAGCGGCCGUCCAAGAUCUAUUAUUGUUAAACUUGCUACGCCUCGUUUGAGGGACAACUUUUUAGCCAAGAUAAUAAAGUUUAAUAAGGCUAAUUCUAACGAAAAAAUCAAUACGAGCCAUAUCGGUAUAGCUGGCAAGACGCCCGUGUUCGUAACGGAACAUCUUUCUCCAUUAAACAAGAAAAUCCAUGCCGCUGCUCGCCUUAAAGCCAAAGAGAAAAGCUACAAGUUUGUGUGGAUCAAGCAGGGCAAGAUCUUCAUGCGGAAGACGGAUACUUCGCCAUAUAUAUACAUAAGAGAUAUGAGUAGUUUGCAAAAUUUAGAGUAG